UUGAAGGUGGUCGACAUAUUGGACGCGAAACCAGACAAAAUCCCAAUAAAGCCUAUCUUUAUUUCCGUCGAUCCUGAACGCGAUACAAUUCAAAGAGUGAAGGAAUACUGCGCGGAGUUCUCUCCGAAAUUGAAAGGCUUUACUGGAUCAGUAGAACAGGUGAACAAAGUGGCGAAAACGUUCCGUGUUUACCACAGUCAGGGACCUCGUACUGGAAAAGAUAAGGAUGAUUAUAUCGUUGAUCAUACUGUCAUCACCUACCUUGUCGACCCAGAUGGUCUCUUCCAUGAUUACUACGGUCAGACGAGAACAGCCGAAGAGAUUGCGAAUAUCAUUGAAAUGAAAGUGCUGAAUCAGAUGUCAAGUCAACAACUUCCAAAGUCGGAGUUUGUCGUCAGAGUACCGAAGAGAAAUGAGAACAAGCGAUACUCUGUACUGAAAUUCAAUGGCAUGGACAGAGUUGAUACAUCUAAAUGGACCAUUGACAGUAUGGUGCAUAUGGAGAGGGAAGACAAUAAAAAUGUUACGCUUAGUACACAGACUGUGCAGGAGUACGGAGAAGGCUCUGAAUAUGGUAAAGCCGCAAGAGAGGAAGCUCGCCGGAAGAAGUAUGGACGACAGGCAAGAUCGUACAAGCUUGAUAAUCAACCAUGGCAUCUGUCUUUUGUCGAAUCAGAUGGCCGUACUCGCAAAAUGAAAAGUAUACGAGAAGGCGGCGCUGGCGAACACGCAGACUACUGGGUCUUCUUGAAAUCUGGAGAAGAGUUCUUGGCGUAUAAGGUGGAUGACUGGCACAAGUUUUUGCCGGCGAUCACUCACAAAACGCUAGAUAUUGACCAAGCAGAAGAGAAGUUUCUUGAGUAA